CAGGCUUCACAAGGUCGACCUGACGUCUGACACCUGCGACUCGCUCCGCUCUGCACGUCAUAGCUCAACGGGCAGGCAGGCGAGGCGGACGUGUGUCGAGUGGCUCCUGCGUGUUGCUCUGUGGUGUGUCUUACGGUCCUUCAUCAACGCUCGUCUCCUCAGGUCGCCGCCAGGAUGACUUAUCGCCUCCUGUACCUGAGCCUCCGGGGCCGCGGGGAGCCUAUUAGGUGGAUCCUCAAGGCGCUGGAGCUCGAGUACGAGGAGGAGAGUAUCGACCUUUUCUCCGAAUGGCCGUCGAGGAAGGAAGAUUUCGAGUGGCAGCAGACGCCGGUGCUGGAGGUGGACGGCGAGCGGCUGGGCCAGACCACCGUCAUCUGCCGCUUCCUUGGCGAGAAGCACAAGCUGGCGGUGGAGGACCCCUGGACGGCCACACGCCAGCAGGAAGCCGUCGAGUACCUCCACGACGUGUCCGGGAUGGCUGCCUCGGCCUUCUACUUCAGGCUGAUGCAGGAUGACACUGCGAAGGAGUUCUACAUGAAGAAGCUGCGAGAGCGUCUGCCGGUGGUGGUGAAAAACAUAGAAGGUCGUGUGACGGACGAGGCCGGCUGGAUUCUGUCCCCUGAGAUGACGUGGGUGGACUUGUUCGUGGCCUGCUGUCUCGACCAGUACGAGGCUAUGGUGGAGGGGCUGCUGGACGAGGCCCCGAAGCUGCAGGAGUUGCUGGCUCGUGUCCGCUGCCUGUACCCCAUCCAGACGUGGAUCGAGGAACGCCCGCCCCCGCAUAAGUUUGAGGAUCCGGAAGACCUGUGAUCGCCUUUAUCCUUACCCGCGCCACGCUACGCCAUGAUACUGGAACUUAUUAUGCCAGAUUGUUUAGACGUCGUAUGUUAGUCUUCAUCAGCAAUAGUGUGGUUGGUUUGUCUUUCUUUAUCCGUUUGUCAAGGCGAGGUUAGUUGGUUUUGUGGAUUUUUAUAUAUAAGUUCCUACGACUGAGUUUGUAAUAUGUCGACUUAAAGAGAGAGAGAGAGAGAGAGAGAGAGAGAGAGAGAGAGAGAGAGAGAGAGAGAGAGAGAGAGAGAGAGAGAGAGAGAGAGAGAGAGAGAGAGAGAGAGAGAGAGAGAGA